AUGGUUGUUCCAUUUUUAGUGACAAACGAAGACAUUGAAAAACCGUAUGGGGUGUUUAUGAGAGCUGCUCCUAGACGCCAGAAGAACCUCAUAGGGGUUCAAUGGCUUCGGUCGGGUAAGGUGGAGCAGACUAGCCACGGGGUCGGUAGAGAUGCGGCAGGAGAGGCGGCGACUCCGACAGGGGCAGGGAUGAGACCGACUUCACGACAUGCAGACUCGAGUUCACCCGUUCCAGCGACGAACUUGGGGCGGACAUCGUGGAAUUCGGCCGUUACUGGUGCGCGAUCCGUCGAGGAAGAUCCCGGGGGUGUUCAGGCGCGAUCUGGGGCGAAUUUUUCGGGGGAAGCCGGAACAGUUUCAGGCGUUAAUAUUGGGAGGGAAAAUCGGGCAUUGACGAAGGAGGGAGGCAGAAUGAAAGGAGUUUCAGGUCUGCAUAUUAAUGGGGAGAAUUUGGAUUUUAUGGAGGAUAAUAAAGCAACCGAUUUUCAAGGGAUAGUGGCAAUCAAAAGUCACGGGACUUUAUUGGCAGCAAACAAGAGGCGCAGGGCCCACGUGGGUGAUGAUAAUGAUUCAAGUCUGGGCCUUGUUACUACCCCAGACUUGGGCCGAUUGGUGGAGGAAAGAGAAUUAAAUCGGGCUGGGCUUUCCAAUCACUUUGAGGCCUCUAAUUCUCAUCAAUUUUCAGCACAAGCUAGCCCAAAUGAAAUGGAGACAAAAAAUUCAGAAGUGGGUAUUCUUCAAAAAAAACGUGGAAAAGGCGGGUACCAUCAAUUGGACCCGCCAAGAAUUAUGAGUCUCUUGAGUUGGAAUUGCCGUGGGCUUGGGAACCCGCGAACUGUUCAAUUCCUUAAGGAAAUUGUAUUUCAAAAGAAACCCAAUGUGAUUUUCCUUUGUGAAACUUUUACUAAGCAAGAAAAGAUUGAUGUGUUAAAGUGGCAGAUGGGUUUUGAAGGUAGCUUUGUGGUGGAUGCUCAGGGGCAUAGGGGUGGAUUAGCAAUGUUGUGGAGAAAAGAGGAGGAAGGGCGCUUAUUGAGUUUCAGUUGCAAUCAUAUUGAUAUUGUGCUGAAUCUGGAUAAUCAUCCUGAGUUUCAUUUUACUGGUUUCUAUGGGGCGCCUCAACGUAAUUUACGCCAUACCACUUGGAGCACUCUGCGUCAGUUAGCUAGAUCAUCUGGGUUGCCCUGGUGUGUAAUGGGGGAUCUUAAUAAUGUGCUUCAUCAAGGGGACAAGAGAGGAGGCCGGGCGUAUCCUAGUAGCUUAAUUAAUGGGUUUCAAGAAGUGCUGGUGGACUGUGGGUUGAAUGACAUGGAUCUAAUUGGCUACCCAUACACAUGGGAGAGAGGAAGAGGUACACCAAAUUGGAUUGAGAUUAGGCUUGGCCGGGCUCUAUUUUCACAACAAUGGAGAUCAAUUUUCAGUGCAGCAUCGUUAGUCAAUUUGGAGAUUUCAGUAUCUGAUCAUUCCCCAAUUUGGUUGAAUCUUGCCUACAGGAAGUGUGAGACUUUUUUUAGGAGGUUCAGAUUUGAGAACGCCUGGAGUAGAGAGCCUAUGUGUCACCAUAUUAUCCAAGAUAAGUGGAUGCACUUCAAUACUAUCACUCUCUAUGAUAAAAUCAAGUGCUGUAGUACGGCGCUAGCUGAGUGGGGUCGGGAUAUAACAGGAAAUUUCAAGGAUCGAAUCAUUGAAUGUAACAAGCUGCUGAAACACUUUAAAGGGCGCAGGGAUGAGGAGUCUGCUCGCAGGUAUCAUGAGGCGCAGAGCUGUCUAGUUGAGGUGCUUACACAAAAAGAGAUCUUUUGGCGGCAACGCUCAAAGCAACUUUGGUUACAGGCUGGAGAUCAAAAUACCAAGUUCUUUCAUGCGUGUGCCAGUACCAGGAAACGCACAAAUCAGCUUUCUUCCCUUAAAGAUGAUCGUGGUUCGUGGGUGGAUUGGGAUAAUGGUUUGGAUGGUGUCAUAUGUGAUUACUUCAGGAAGAUCUUCACUGCUUCUCACACUGAUUGGGAGCGUGUCACUAGUUGUGUCCUGUCGAGCAUCUCAGAAGAGGUCAAUUUGGAGCUACUUGCCCCAGUUGAGGAGGGAGAAGUAAAGGCAGCCUUGUUCCAGAUGCACCCCGACAAGUCACCGGGCCCGGAUGGUUUCAACCCAAGUUUCCAUCAGAAAUACUGGGACAUUGUAGGUGCUGAUGUGGUGUGGUUAGUACAACAUUUCUUUAUGUUUACUGAGUUCCCAGAUCAUUUAAGUGAUACUCAUGUUGUACUCAUUCCUAAGAAACCUAAACCUGAAACUAUGGGGGAUCUUAGGCCUAUUGCUUUGUGUAAUGUUAUUUACAAGAUUGUAUCCAAAGUGGUGGCUAAUAGAUUGAAGAAAAUAUUACAUAAUAUUAUAUCUGAGACCCAGAGUGCUUUUAUUCGUGGUAGAUUGAUUACAGAUAACAUUAUGGUCUCUUUUGAAGUCAUGCAUUAUCUGAAGAAGAAGGCAUCCGUAAAGGAUGGUUAUAUGGAAAUCAAGCUUGAUAUGAGUAAGGCAUAUGACAGAGUUGAAUGGGGAUUUCUUCAGGCAAUGUUAAGUAAGAUGGGCUUCAGUGAGCAUUGGAUCAGGAUUGUAAUGAGGUGUGUCAGCUCAAUUUCAUAUAAGAUCAUCUCUGGUAAUCAUGAGUUGGGACCAAUCAUUCCAAGUAGGGGUCUGCGACAAGGAGACCCAGUAUCACCUUAUCUCUUCAUUAUUUGCGCAGAAGGUCUUUCCGCUCUGAUCUCGGACUAUCAAAGGCGAGGGAAGAUUCAGGGGUGUAAAGUGGCAAGGAGGGCCCCUGCCAUUUACCAUAUGUUUUUUGUUGAUGAUAGCUACUUGUACUGCAAAGCCACUGAGAAUUCAACAAGUAGUGUGAUGGAGAUUCUGGACUACUUCCAACUGGCUUCUGGUCAACAGGUGAACCUAAGUAAAUCCUCUGUCUUCUUCAGCUUAAAUACCAAGCCUGAAAUCAAAUCCAUAAUUUGCUCCGUGCUAAAGAUAAGUGAAGCAGGGGAAGCUAGCUCAUACUUGGGGCUCCCUAACAUCUUAGGUAGGAACAAGACCACUAUUCUGGGUUUCUUGAAAGAGAAAAUGAGGAGAAGAAUUCAAAGCUGGGAAGGAAAAUUUCUCUCUAAAACUGGCAAGGAGUUGUUACUGAAGACAGUGGCCCAAUCAUUACCAAGCUAUGCCAUGAAUGUCUUCCUUUUGCCAGUAGGCUUGUGCAAUGAAAUGGAGCAAUUGAUGUGCCAGUACUGGUGGCGAUCAUCCUCUAAGAACAAUAGAGGCAUUCAUUGGAAGAGUUGGGAGAAGCUGACACUUCAUAAAUCACAUGGGGGUAUGGGCUUCAGAAACCUUCGUGAGUUCAAUUUGGCCUUACUCAGUAAACAAGGGUGGCGGCUAUUGUGUCGGCCCCAUACCUUGGUGGCGAAGGUUUUUUCUGCAAGGUAUUUUGGAGAUGGCGAUUUUUUAGCAGCUGAAUUGGGGAGUAAUCCCAGCUAUAUUUGGCGCAGUAUAUUCGAAACAAAGGAGCUUGUACGUGCUGGAGCGAGAAUUCGAGUUGGGAACGGGUUGCAAAUUAAUAUUGAACAAGAUCCUUGGUUACCCUGUGUUGAGAACCCGAGAGUUAGUACUAUCCGCCCGGAGUUAGCCAAUCAGAAAGUUGCCUCUUUGAUGGACACUGGGAGAGUUGCCUGGGACGAAGACUUUGUGCGAGAUUUGUUUAAUAAUAGGGAUGCGCUUCUCAUCUUAAGCAUUCCUCUAAGUUCAAGUCGUCUUGAUACGUGGUUUUGGGCUUUUGAGUCCUCUGGGCAGUUUUCAGUUAAGAGCACUUAUCGAUAUCUACAACUUGGGAAGGAUGGUGGGGCUCAUACUAUUCAGGAGUGCUUUUGGAAAAAACUCUGGAAACUCCGUGUCCCUCCUAAGGUUAAAGAUUUGCUUUGGCGGGCAUCCACAAAUUGUCUUCCCACUAAAGAACAGCUACGCUUAAAACAUGUCGAUGUAGACACAAUUUGCCCAAUGUGCCAUUCUGCCAGGGAGUUAACUAGUCAUUGCUUGGUGGAGUGCCCUAUAGCUAGGGCGUGCUGGGACCGUAUUGGUAUUUGA